AGUAUUAGACAUCCAUCAAUGCAUUCUUUGUUUCCCAAUAGAAACCUUUUGAAUUCCCCCAUCAACCAAGAAAAAUGCGUAUAAAACCAUACACAAAUAUGAAAAUCCAUUCACUUCUCCCCCAACAUUCGACUUAUUACAUCGACAUGGUCCGAACUAUGGAUGUUCCAGACCCAGUCAAGUAUAUUAGUAUAAUGAUUUGCGCCGGAGGCGCGUGGGAGCGAGUUGACGGAAUUAUUGAGUAUAGACCAUUGGGAUUUUUGAGGCGUACUAUAGAGUGUUCAGAGGUUGAAUAUUAUCAAUAUUCUAAUUUCAUAAAAAGGGUGGCAGCCAAGGUGAACCUGCCCGUUAACGGUUUUGGGAUGACUUACCAGUUCCCCUUUUCAUCCUCUAACCAAAACGAUGCUGUAGUUGUUGACAUAGCUGAUGCCGAGGACUUCAAAGUAUUUGUUAAAGAGGCAUUCAAAACGACCCAUCGGCCGGUUACAUUGUAUGUUGUUGAGUCUGUUUCGGUUGGGUCUUCUUCUUUACCGUUGUUACUCACACGUUAAAGCUAAGAUCUAGGAGACUUGUCGUCAUCAUUUUGAUAUCUACUGCAUGCAUUGGGAUGUUACUUUUGAAUUGCCUGUUU